GGGAGUUGGCAUUAGGGUCUAGGCUUAUACCAAACCUGAGGAAGCAUCAGAUGCUGUUAGAUUGAUGAAUUAGUAAGAGAUAAAUGGAAGAAGUUUGAUUGUGGAGCUAGCAAGAGCAAAGAAAAAAGAUGGAGCCUGUUAUUAAUGUGGAAAAUAGGGGCAUUUGUAAGUGAAUUGAAUAUAAUUGUAGUGCUCGAAAUUGUCGUUUGAAUAGAAGAUCUUAUUCUGACUCCAGGUAUGAGAACAUGUGACAUUAGGCGCCAUUCAAAGAAGAAAAAAAAACAAAGAAAACAUAGAUCUUCAAGCUCUUCCUCGAGUAGUGAAAAGAAAAAAUCAAAAAAGAGAAAGAGAAAGAGUUCUUCUUCAAGUUCUCAUUCAAGUUCAAGUGAUUGA